GUCCAAUAAAGAUCAACAGCUAUAACGUCCAAAAAAAAAACAGUGAAACGACAUCGUAUAGCUACAGCUACUUGAGCUUCAAAUUGUAAGGUAAACUAAAACGCCAGCACACUGUGGGUUUUGUGGGUUGUGUUCGUUUCAGUUUGUUGGACGUUGUAGGAGAGAGAGAGAGAGAGAGAAUGAGCUUGACACGGAGAGUUUCAACAAGCCUCCCCCAAGUUAUUGGAUUUGCAAAUAGGUCCUUCAAGUCCUUGAGAUUCCCUGGCCAGUCCCUCGAUUCCUCAAGCUCUUCCGUUCUCACCCAUGGAAUCCACGUCUUCCAAUGCCCUGAUGCGGUCGGGAUUGUUGCCAAGCUGUCGGAUUGUAUAGCUUCUAAAGGGGGCAACAUACUCGGCGCCGAUGUUUUUGUACCUGAAAACAAGCGAGUCUUCUAUUCUAGAAGUCAGUUUAUUUUUGAUCCUGUUAAAUGGCCACGUGAGCAAAUGGAUGAAGACUUUAAUAAUCUGUCAAAAAUGUUCAACGCAAGGAGAUCUGUUGUCCGGGUGCCAGACCAAGACCCCAAAUAUAAAAUUGCCGUUCUUGCUUCAAAACAGGACCAUUGCCUGGUUGAUUUGUUGCAUGGAUGGCAGGACGGAAGACUACCGGUAGAUAUAACCUGUGUAAUAAGUAAUCAUGAUAGAGGUUCAAACACCCAUGUAAUUCGUUUUCUUGAAAGGCAUGGUAUUCCUUAUCACUAUUUACGCACAACCAAGGAGAAUAAAAGAGAAGGGGAUAUCCUAGAGUUGGUUCCGAAUACAGAUUUUUUAGUACUUGCUAGGUACAUGCAGAUAUUAUCUGGUAAUUUCUUAAGGAGCUAUGGAAAGGAUGUUAUUAACAUUCACCAUGGCCUGUUGCCAUCAUUCAAGGGUGGGAAUCCAUCUAGACAGGCUUUUGAUGCAGGCGUGAAAUUGAUUGGUGCAACAAGUCACUUUGUGACUGAAGAACUUGAUGCAGGGCCUAUUAUCGAACAGAUGGUUGAGAGAGUUUCCCACAGAGAUAACUUGCUGAGUUUUGUGCAGAAAUCAGAGAACCUUGAGAAACAAUGCCUUGCAAAGGCUAUAAAGUCGUACUGUGAGCUGCGAGUGUUACCUUAUGAGGGCAAGAAGACUGUUUUAUUUUGAGGGUAAAGAAGUGCAUAAAGUGGUUUAGAGAGGGGUUGCAAACUCUAUGUAUCAUACAUUCAAUUCUUCAUUUGAAUUGUUCGCACAAUAUAUUUCACUUGGUUCUGGAAUUCAAAUAACAUGCGCAAUCAUUCAUACCUGUA